UGUUUUUCAAAAUUAUCUUUACAAAAUAAAAAUCAGAAUAUCGUGGUAUGCAUUUGUAUUCAGGCUCCGUUGAAAAAUACUUUGUAGAACCACUUUUUAAUGCAUUCUAGUUCUAACACCUGCGACAGACUGGCGACCUGAGCUGGGUGUGUACCCCGCCUCUCGCCCGGAACGCAGAUAGGCACCAGCAACCCUCCCGACCCCAUUAGGGACGAAGGGUGUAUAGAAAAUGGAUGGAUGGAUGGAUAGUUCUUACACUUUCAUAUUAUUAUAUGGAUUACUGGGUUUGGACUGGAGGUCACACACAACACGCUAAUUCUGCUCUUCGGAAAUAACAAUUAUGAAAAUUUGAAUGCGAGUGCGCAUUAGGGCUCGCGCUGACCACAGGCGAGGUCUUCGCCGGGACGACGGCUGAACUUGAAGAGAGAUUUAGGGCUCGAGCGACGGCGGUGUCAAUAUGAGCCCCGUCAUUCAGCUGCGCCGUUUCCCCCAGUGGGACGAGAUGAAACAAAUCCUCGCCACAGUGCUCGUCUGCGGCUGAGCAGAGCACGGAGAUUUACGGCUCUGGGGCAGACAUCCGUCUCCCCUGCAGUGGUCAUUGGCCCGAGACAUCUACGGAUUCCAUCUAAUGGAGUUAACCGUUUCUUCCAGUGCAGAGAUGUGAUGACGGCCUCUUAAGCUCAACUCCUGCCUCAGGCUUAGAUGGUAUGGAGGAACAGAGAGUAGGUUGGAUACCUUCUAUGAUAAAGAAUAAUCUUAAGGUAGGUGAAAAAGUAUCUUGCUGGAUGCAAGGAUGCACCGAUCCACUUUUUUUUCACUUCCGAUACCGAUAUCUGAGGUGUACCGUGGGCCGAUACCGAUCCGAUGCAGGAAAAUGGAGCUGAAUUAAUUUUUUUUUAAAACACAGACAUAAAUUAAUUACAGAUAAUGGCAGAGAAAAAAGAAGAGAAUAAAUAUUACAAGUGGGGGGAAAGAAGUGAAGGAGUCACCGGACGUCAGAUCGACGUGUUCUGACUGGAUCCAUGCAGACGUAGUGGACGGACGCUCCAGCCCAGUUGGUCCCUCACUUUGUCUUGCUUAGAGAUUAACAUAAACAACCUCUGGCAAAAAAAAAAAAAAGACAUCUAGAUCUAAAGCCGACACAUCAGUGUACUGUUCAGCCCCAAAUGAAUCAUACGGCCAGCAGAUUUAAAUUUAAACUUAUUUUUACUCAGUGAAGGAGUUUGUUUCUCCAGGGUUCAGUGGCUUAGGAAUCAGCAACUCUUUCUUUCCAAAAGAUGUUUUAGGCAAAAAAACAAAACAAAACAAAAAAAAGACAAAAACAAUAAAUCACUUUUGGCAAAAAAUGACUCAGAGCUUUAUUUUAGGCAGGUGGCCUAAAAUAAAGAUAUUUACAAUGUCUUCAAAGAGUAGCCAAAGUCAAAUUAUUUUAUUCAACUCACAAUUUUAUUCAUAAAGGGACAAAACCCUUUUCCAAGCUGGCCUGUCCGUCUGGGACAAGUUUAAAAAAAAAAAAAAUCAGACCUCAGACUUUGGGACUCCAGUGAACCCCAGUGUGAGUCUUUGUCCACUAAUGGAGAAAACGUGAUACCGUGGUGAACCUUCCCCAAGAGGCUCCGGCCAACUGAAAUUACUCCAAGAUCCAGACAAAUCGUCCAGAAAACUGCCAAAUAGCCGAAACACUGACUUCCUUUAAAUCAGGCUAAAAGUCCACAUGCUUAGAGCUGCCUUUGAUGAAUUGUAAGUUUAACAUUGUUCAACGUAUUGGAUGUGUAUUUGCUUGAUGAUUCAUUAUAUAAUGCUUCUUGCCUACUUCAUAAUUAGUGACUGCAUGAUGUUUUUACUGAUGUAGGAUUUUCCUCAGAGUAUUAUAAGCCUGGCGGGUCACAAGGCUUUAUGUGGACCCCCACAAGGCUAACUAUCACCUACUAACUUUAGUUUUUAUUUUAAUGUUUGCAUUUUUUAAGACUUUAUUAAUCUUCCAAUAACACAUAGUUAUCCAGGGAUAUUUUCAAAUUUCCUGUCAACUUUUAACAGUUUUUAACUCAAAAACACGGCAGCCGUUUCAAACCUAGCAAGUUAUCUGGGGAAACCCUGUAACGUAAAGCAGUCGACCCCAACUCCAGGGCCAUGAACCAAUUGGUACCGGCCCGCACAAGAAAUAAUGAAAUAUUUCUGUUUAAUGUAUUAUCCGAGUCUGGAGGAUCUUUUAUUUUGAAAAUCCUUCAACCGGAUUCUCUUGGUUACGUCUUGCGCACAAACGUGGAGCCAUAAGCAGCAAAAUGAGUAAGAAACAGAUCAGGUGUCUUUGGAAAGUUUCUUUAUGAAGGGAAAAGGCCCAGAGAAGAGCACCAUAAUGGAGCACCCUGCCACAUUAUAACUAUGAACUUCAGUAUGCCCUAUUUUAGUGCAUAACUUAGCAUAAUUUUUCACAUCUUUUGGAAAUAAAAAUGAUUUCCAAUUGUUUUCAGCUCCCUCGCUGCAAAAACACUAAAUCUUACCAAGUAGUUUUGGUCUAGUUUAUUGUGCAAACAUCUUAGUACACUUAAGAUAAGCCACAACUAACUCAUGAGUAACUUUUCAGGAGGAUAUAGGAGCUUGUUUUAAGUCAGUGAUUCCUUAAUAUUGAUGAAAAAAUACUAGUUCCAUUGGCAGAUUAUUUCACUUAUAACUGGGGAAAAAAUGUUUUGUUUUAAGUAUCAUAUUCUGUCAAUCGAACUAAUAAUUCUUCAGCAAUUUUAAGGAAUUAUUUACUUAAACAAGCUUCUAUAUCUUGCUUAAAAGUUGCUUAUUGGUCAGUUUUUGUCUAAUUAUUAAGUUAUUUUCACUAGAAACUGUACAAAAAGAGGAAAAAAAAUUGCUAAAAUUUUGCCUUAAAAAUUAAACUUUACUGAUCCCAAAGGGAAAUUAAAUGUUGUAACUCAUAUAGUUUUGGUAAAUGAUAACAUUACCCAAACCACGAAUUUCAGUAAUUACCAUUGGCCAGAAAGGGAGUCGGAAUUAGUGGCUACCUUGGCAUCAUGUGGGUCAACAGGCCCGCCCGUUUCCCCUUUUUCUGUUUUCGGGCGCAAUGUUUCCUUUUCACCGUUGGUACCCUGCUGUGCUAGUCCAUUGUCCUCAAGAGUCGCUGUCUCUCAAGUGCGUAUUUCAGCCUUGGAAAUAUGUUACCAGCUCAACUGUCUCCAAUAGCCAUCAGCUAAGCCGAGCUGCAUUCAGCUAUAAAGUUUGUUUUGAUUCAAACUUCAGCAGUUUUCUAGUUGUUCUGCCGAGGUGGUGACAUCAAUUUGUGACAUCACACGAAAUGAUGUCACAAAGAGUGAUGCACUGGGGUGCAUCAAAAAGCUGCACUCUUGAAAUCUACCGUCAUAACCAUUUCAGACGAGAGAGCGAGAGGAAAUAGAAGGAUUGUCUCCGAACUAAAGAUUGAAACGGAAAGCUUUUCAAGACAAAAAGUCAACUCUUAACAAACCAAUAAAGAAAAACAUUUAGAAGUUUUUGGAAUUGUCAAGAAAAAAAACAACAAACAAUGAGUGAAAGCAGUAUGCCGUCGACUUCUGCUUGUGAACAACAAGCCUUAGAAAGAGAGACCCUAAAGCUCCAGCGGAUCCUUAAAGAAGUCAACAUGAUGUCAAUAGAGAGACAGACUCUAAUAAAAUCAAAUGAGGAGUUGAGGAUCCAACUUACAAACAUACAAAAAGCCACAGUUGAGAAAGACAUGCUGCUUAGCGAGAAAGAGGAGGACUUUAAAAAGGUGUUGGACCUCAACAAAAUUUUAAAAGAGGAAAACAACAAACUGGAGCAGAAAACUACCGACUUGGGCCAGAAAAACACUGCCCUGGAGAUUGAAAAAACUGCCCUGGAGAAGGAAAAAACUGCUGUAGGGCAGAAAAGCACCACCCUUGAACAAGUAAACGCCGCUCUGGAAAAGGAAAAGACCAAUCUGGAACAGAAAAUCGCCACCCUGGAGCAGAAAAAUAGUGCCUUGGAGAGAAAAAACACUGCCCAGGAGCAGGAAAACACUGCCCUGGGUCAGAAAAGCACCACCCUGGAGCAAAUAAUCACCACGCUGAAGGAGGAAAACACCGCCCUUCAGGGUCUGGAAAACACUGCCCCAGAGAAGGACAAGACCACCCUGGAGAAAACAGGGGGUUUUUACUUUUCCUUAGAAAAGGAAAAACAUACCCUGACGCAGAAAAACAGCAUCCUGGAGACAGAAAAAACUGCUCUGAAGCAGAAAAUUACUGCCUUGGAAAUGGAAAAAAAUACCCUGGAGCAGGAAAACACCACACUGGAGCAGGAAAACACUGCCCUUCAGGGUCUGAAAAACAAUUCCCUGGAGAAGGAAAUGACCACCCUGGAGCAGAAAAUCACUGCCUUAGAAAAGGAGAGAAAUACACUAGAGCAGGAAAAGACUGCCUUAAAGCAAAGGAAUACUGCCCUGGAGCAGGAAAACACCACACUGGAGCAGGAAAACACCACACUGGAGCAGAAAAUCACUACCUUAGAAGAGGAAAUCAAUACUCUGGGGCAUAAAAAAAAUUAUAUAAAACAUAAAAAUAUCAUCCUUGAGCAAGCAAAGUUCGCCCUGGUGAAGGAAAACUACGCCUUGAUGGAUGAAAACAACACCUUGCAGAAGAGAAUGGCCACCCGGAAGGAGGAAUGUAACGAACUGUUGGAGAACAACACCACCUUGGAGCAGGAAAUAUGUGACUUAGAGAAAAGAAUUCAAGCCCUGGAGCAGGAAAACUCCAGACAGUGGCACAAAAACACCUCUCUGGAGCAGGAAAAAACUGCUCUGGAACAGAAAACCACCACAAUGGAGCAAAUUACCACUGCCUUGGAGCAGAAAAUUGCCGCCCUGGGUCAGAAAAACACUGAACUGGAGCAGGAAAACACUGCCCUUCAGGGUCUGAAAAACACUUCCCUGGAGAAGGAAAUGACCACCCUGGAGCAGAAAAUCACUGCCUUAGAAAAGGAGAGAAAUACACUAGAGCAGGAAAAGACUGCCUUAAAGCAAAGGAAUACUGCCCUGGAGCAGGAAAACACCACACUGGAGCAGAAAAUCACUACCUUAGAAGAGGAAAUCAAUACUCUGGGGCAUAAAAAAAAUUAUAUAAAACAUAAAAAUAUCAUCCUUGAGCAAGCAAAGUUCGCCCUGGUGAAGGAAAACUACGCCCUGAUGGAUGAAAACAACACCUUGCAGAAGAGAAUGGCCACCCGGAAGGAGGAAUGUAACGAACUGUUGGAGAACAACACCACCUUGGAGCAGGAAAUAUGUGACUUAGAGAAAAGAAUUCAAGCCCUGGAGCAGGAAAACUCCAGACAGUGGCACAAAAACACCUCUCUGGAGCAGGAAAAAACUGCUCUGGAACAGAAAACCACCACAAUGGAGCAAAUUACCACUGCCUUGGAGCAGAAAAUCGCCGCCCUGGGUCAGAAAAACACUGAACUGGAGCAGGAAAACACUGCCCUUCAGGGUCUGAAAAACACUUCCCUGGAGAAGGAAAUGACCACCCUGGAGCAGAAAAUCACUGCCUUAGAAAAGGAGAGAAAUACACUGGAGCAGGAAAACAAUACACUUGAACAGGAAAAGACUGCUCUCGGACAGAAAAGCAACACCCUUGAGCAAGUAAACACCGCCCUGGAGAAGGAAAACACCGCCCUGAAGCAGGAAAACACUGCCCUGAAGCAGGAAAACAAUGCCCACGGUCAGAAAAACAACUCCUUGGAGCAGGAAAAAACUGCUCUAGGGCAGAGAAACACCGACAUGGCGCAGAAAAUCACUGUCUUGGAAAAGGAAAGAAUUACCCUGAAGCAGGAAAUCUUUACUUUAAAGCAGGUAAACGACAUCUUGGAAGAGGAAGGCAACUAUUUUGAGCGGGAAAAAAACACUUUUGAGGAGAAAUACCUCUUUUCGGAGCAAAUAAACGCGGCCCAGAAGCAGAAAUGCGCUGCUCUGGAGCAAAAAAGCUCAGCAUUGGAGAAAAUAAUCAACGCCUUGGAGCAGGAAAAGGCUGCCGUGGAGGAGAAAAGUGCUGCCUCGGAGCAUAUGCGCACUGAGCUGCAGCUUGAAUUAGAAAAUCUGGAACAGCUGAACCAGGAGAGAUCAGAAGAGGAAACCCAGGGAAACAUCCAGCCAGUUUCAGAACAGCCACAAGAGCAGGUGCCUAUAUUUAAACGUGCAAUCGGAGGCUGUAUUGACACUCUCAGAUACUGGACUGAAAUAUUCUACUUUUAAGUAAAGAAGUGUCAUAAGGGCUCCAGGCUUCACGCUUGAUUAUCGGUGGCAGUGGAAUGGACAACAGGAGGACAACAGGACUGCGGUGUCAGGGGAAGCUUGACACUAGGGGGCUGAUGGCGGAAGAGCUUAAUGCUUGAAAAAUGUUGGCAGGAGGGCUUGAGACCCGCAGGACUGCGGUGCCACUGGAACUUGAGGCCACCGAACUCAGGUCUCCUUCGUCACCAGAUGAUUCCUUUGUUGCCAGAGAGGAACCGUGAAAUGGUCUGGCAACCUGAAAGUGACAGUUCUAUGCUUGGUGGCGGACAUUUUUCGACGGCUGAAUUCUAAUUGAUGGAACCAACUGCAACACUCUUCAGUGUGGAUGUUUUUACUACAUGAAGUUACCUGUAUGAAAAAAAUGACCUUCUGAUAUCAAGAAGGCCCUAUCUGGAGAGAAAAAUCAUAAAGAUCAAUUUUGUGCAGAAACGUCACAGGUGAUGAAGGAAAGAAACAAAAGCCUUGAACUUUGGUUUGUCUACUGCAGUGCUCUCUACAGUGCUGCUUUAGGGGAAACUUUCUUCAAACUGAUUUACGAAGCCAAGUGAUCUCCUUCCAUCCCACCCUCGGUCACCUCGGCCUUCUCACUGCA